CCCCCGCCGGGUCGAGCUCCUCGGGGGCUUCGGGGGGCGGGGGCGGCGGCGGGGGGGCCUGGGGGCUGACGGCGGCCUUGACCGGCACCAUGAACCGCAAGAAGAAGCCCUUCCUGGGCAUGCCGGCCCCGCUGGGCUACGUGCCGGGGCUGGGCCGAGGAGCCACCGGUUUUACCACCCGUUCAGAUAUUGGUCCCGCCCGGGAUGCUAACGACCCUGUGGAUGACCGCCAUGCUCCCCCGGGGAAGAGAACCGUUGGGGAUCAGAUGAAGAAAAAUCAGACGGCGGAUGACGAUGACGAAGAUCUGAACGAUACAAAUUACGACGAGUUCAAUGGAUACGCUGGAAGCCUGUUCUCCAGUGGACCUUAUGAAAAAGACGAUGAAGAAGCAGAUGCCAUUUAUGCUGCUUUGGAUAAAAGGAUGGAUGAAAGAAGAAAAGAGAGAAGAGAACAGCGUGAGAAAGAGGAGAUUGAAAAGUACCGAAUGGAACGACCAAAAAUUCAGCAGCAGUUCUCGGAUCUGAAAAGAAAACUGGCUGAAGUUACCGAAGAAGAAUGGCUAAGUAUCCCCGAAGUUGGCGAUGCCAGGAACAAGCGCCAGAGGAAUCCACGUUACGAAAAACUGACGCCUGUUCCGGACAGUUUCUUUGCGAAGCACUUGCAAUCGGGAGAAAAUCACACAUCGGUGGAUCCUCGGCAGACGCAAUUUGGUGGUCUGAAUACCCCUUAUCCAGGGGGCUUAAACACACCUUAUCCAGGUGGAAUGACCCCGGGAUUGAUGACCCCUGGCACAGGGGAGCUGGACAUGAGGAAGAUUGGACAAGCUAGAAACACCUUAAUGGAUAUGCGUCUCAGCCAGGUAUCAGACUCGGUGAGCGGCCAGACAGUGGUGGAUCCCAAAGGAUACCUCACGGAUUUAAAUUCCAUGAUUCCCACACAUGGUGGAGACAUCAACGACAUCAAGAAAGCACGCUUGCUUCUGAAAUCGGUGCGAGAGACGAACCCUCACCACCCACCGGCCUGGAUCGCUUCGGCCCGCUUGGAAGAGGUGACGGGGAAGCUGCAGGUGGCUCGGAAUCUCAUCAUGAAAGGAACCGAAAUGUGUCCCAAGAGCGAAGACGUAUGGUUGGAGGCUGCGCGUUUGCAGCCUGGAGAUACUGCCAAGGCUGUGGUGGCUCAGGCCGUCCGUCACCUCCCCCAAUCGGUCCGGAUUUAUAUCAGAGCCGCCGAGUUGGAGACUGAUAUUCGAGCCAAGAAGAGAGUCCUUCGGAAAGCACUGGAGCACGUCCCGAAUUCAGUCCGCUUAUGGAAAGCGGCUGUUGAAUUAGAAGAACCGGAGGAUGCCAGGAUAAUGCUGAGCCGGGCCGUGGAAUGCUGCCCCACCAGUGUGGAGCUGUGGCUUGCCCUGGCGAGGCUCGAAACCUACGAAAACGCCCGUAAGGUCUUAAACAAAGCCCGUGAGAACAUUCCAACCGACCGGCACAUCUGGAUCACAGCUGCCAAGCUCGAGGAAGCCAACGGGAACACUCAGAUGGUGGAGAAGAUCAUUGACCGAGCCAUCACCUCGUUGAGGGCUAAUGGAGUGGAAAUCAACCGGGAACAGUGGAUCCAGGAUGCUGAAGAAUGCGAUAAAGCCAGAAGCGUGGCCACAUGCCAAGCUAUCAUGAGAGCAGUGAUCGGGAUUGGGAUCGAAGAGGAAGAUCGCAAGCACACCUGGAUGGAAGAUGCUGAUAGUUGUGUGGCGCACAAUGCCUUGGAGUGUGCCAGGGCAAUUUAUGCUUACGCCCUACAAGUGUUCCCCAGCAAGAAGAGCGUCUGGUUACGAGCGGCUUAUUUUGAGAAGAAUCACGGAACGAGGGAAUCUUUGGAAGCUCUUCUGCAGAGGGCUGUGGCUCACUGUCCCAAGGCUGAAGUCUUGUGGCUCAUGGGGGCAAAAUCCAAAUGGUUGGCUGGAGACGUCCCUGCGGCCAGGAGCAUUCUGGCGUUGGCUUUCCAGGCCAAUCCCAACAGCGAAGAGAUUUGGCUGGCUGCCGUGAAGUUGGAAUCCGAAAACAACGAAUACGAACGAGCAAGGCGUCUAUUGGCCAAGGCCCGUAGCAGCGCUCCUACGGCUAGAGUCUUCAUGAAGUCCGUCAAACUGGAGUGGGUGCUUGGGAACAUCGCUGCGGCCCAGGAACUCUGCGAGGAAGCCCUGAAGCAUUAUGAAGACUUCCCCAAGCUCUGGAUGAUGAAAGGACAGAUAGAAGAGCAGGAGGAACUGAUCGAAAAAGCCCGGGAUGCUUAUAAUCAAGGACUGAAAAAAUGCCCUGGUUCAAUCCCCCUUUGGCUGCUGCUAUCCAGGCUGGAGGAGAAGGUUGGUCAGCUCACCCGAGCCAGGGCCAUCCUGGAGAAAUCUCGCCUGAAGAAUCCCAAGAACCAAGAUUUGUGGCUGGAAUCGGUGCGCUUGGAGUACAGAGCUGGGCUGAAGAACAUCGCAAACACUUUGAUGGCCAAAGCGCUGCAGGAGUGUCCCAAUUCAGGAAUCCUGUGGUCGGAAGCCAUCUUUUUAGAAGCCAGACCUCAACGGAAGACCAAGAGCGUGGAUGCUCUGAAGAAGUGUGAACACGAUCCCCACGUUCUCCUGGCAGUGGCCAAGUUGUUCUGGAGCGAACGCAAAAUAACCAAAGCUCGAGAAUGGUUCCAUCGGACCGUGAAGAUCGAUUCUGACCUGGGAGAUGCUUGGGCGUUUUUUUAUAAAUUUGAGCUUCAGCAUGGCACCGAGGAGCAGCAGGAAGAGGUGCGGAAGCGUUGCGAGAACGCCGAGCCGCGGCACGGCGAGCUGUGGUGUGAGGUCUCCAAGGACAUCAGCAACUGGCAGAGUAAGAUCGGCGAGAUCCUGCUCCUGGUGGCAUCCAAGAUCAAGAACACGUUCUAGAAGAGGCGAGCUGCGGAAGGUCUUCAGGGCCCGAAGGCUGACCCCUCCUGCUCGGAAGAGGAAGAGCGCCGGACAGCCUGUUUGCUACGGGCCAUGUCACCCUACCAGCUGACGGAUCACAAGGACAAGGAACAAACGGCGUACAAGAUGUUUUGUAUAUAUAGCAGCUUAGCCAUUCUGAAGAGCAAACGCCAGGAACUUAACUGUCCUAGCUGAGAGGCAGACAGAUGUUACCUCUGUUGCCUGAAGCCUCCUGAUGUUUGUCUUGUUUCCUUCAAAUUCCUUCGAAAAGCUUCUGGCCGCUGGGCCUUCCUGUAGACCCAUUGUUUUCUAAUAUUCAGCUUGCCUAUCUAAAUUCAUCAUCCCCUCCUCCUCCUCCUCCCCCUCCUCCCUCUCCCCUUCCCCCUCCUCCUCCUUCCCCUCCUCUUCCUUCCUCCCCUCCCCUUCCCCCUCCUCCCCCUUCCCCCU